AUGAUCAUCGCACAAACGAAAACCGCAAAAAACCAAAAAAAAAAAAUUGAAAUUUUAUCAUUCUUGUCUUCUUCCUUAUACAACAAUCGUAUAAUCAUGGGUAAGAGAAAAGUCGAAGAAGAAUCUGAUUCUGAUAUUGAUGUCAGUUCAACUGAUUCAGAAACUGAAGAAGUUGUCAAUCAAGAAGAAGGUCAACAACAACAACAAGGACAAUCAAAUGAAGAUGAACAAAUGGAAGAAACAGUUGAUGUUGAUUUUGAUUUCUUUGAUUUAAAUCCUGAUGUUGAUUUUCAAGCAACUAAGAAUUUCUUACGUCAAUUAUUUGGUGAUGAUAGUGGUGAAUUCAAUUUAAGUGAAAUUGCUAAUUUAAUUCUUACUGAUCAUUCAAUUGGUACUUCUAUUAAAACCGAAGGUAUUGAAAGUGAUCCAUUUGCAUUAUUAAGUGUUAUUAAUCUAAGUGAUAAUUUAACUAAUGUUACUAUUAAAAAAUUAGUUGAAUAUAUUACUACCAAAACUAAAAAUAAAACAGAAUUUAAUAUUAUGUUAAAGAAAUUAUUAAGCAUUGAAAAUACUACUAAAAAUUCUAAAAAAUUAAAAACUGGAUUAAUUAUUAGUGAAAGAUUUAUAAACAUGCCAGUUGAAGUUAUUCCACCAAUGUAUAAGAUGUUAUUGGAAGAAAUGGAAAAAGCUGAAGAAUCUCAUGAAUUAUAUGAAUUUGAUUAUUUUUUAAUAAUAUCAAGAGUUUAUCAAUUAGUUGAUCCAGUAGAACAAGAAGAACCUGAAUCUAAUAAAUCCAAAAAGAAGAAAAUCUCAAGUAGUGAUCCAAAACCUAUAGAAAUGGAUUAUUUCCAUAUGGAAGAUCAAGUAUUAGAAGAAUAUGCUAAUUAUAAAGGAGUUUUUGAAUAUAGUAAUGAAAAUAAACAAGAAACUGAUUCAAGAAGAGUUUUCACUGAAUAUGGUAUUGAUCCUAAAUUAAGUUUGAUUUUAAUUGAUAAAGAUAACUUGGCUAAAGCAGUAAUUGAAAUGGCCAACCAAUUCCCACCUCCAUAA